AUGAAUCACAAUACACCUUCACCGAGUCCCAUACCUAAAGCUUCCCCGGGCUCAAGACCCUCCCCCGCGCCGACCGCAGGCACAAAGCGCAAGAGAAACGCGACAAAAUAUUAUGCCGUAAAAAAAGGCCACAAACCAGGGAUCUACGCUGGAUGGAAUGAAUGCCUAAGUCAAAUAACGGGGUUCAAGGGAGCAAUCUUCCAAUCCUUCCCCUCACAAGAAGCCGCCGACGCAUUCCUUAAGGGCGUGAAGCUCCCCUCGACCGAUUCAGAAGGUUCCGAAAACACACGAUUUUACGGAAUCCAGCGAGGACGGGUUACAGGAGUAUACACAGACUGGGAAAAAGCACAAGAGCAGAUUCGCGGAUUUCCACGACCCCGCUACCGCAAAUUCUCGACACGCGCAGAAGCAGAGGAAUUCGUCCGCGAAGGACGCACAGAGCCAGUGGGAUUCGGCACCGAGCCAUCUGGGAUAACGACCGAAAGGCCGAAAAACGCAGACGGCGUUGAGAUCGCAGCGGGCGACGGACCCUUGCCCCAAGGAGCAGAGGAUGGAUUCGACCCCAAUAUCCUGUUGGACCCGGCUACAGGUAAGGUAGUCUACAAGACGACGCAGCAGAAGGAAGCGACCAAGCCACAAACAACGGGCAUCCCAGGGAUGCUGCGCAUAUACACGGAUGGAAGCUCAUUACGCAAUGGCACACCGUUAGCAUCGGCCGGCGUGGGGGUAUACUUUGGACCCGGGGAUUCAAGCAGAAAUGUCUCGGAGCCACUUAAAGGUAGUCGGCAGACGAACCAGCGGGCUGAAUUGACGGCUAUUCUGCGGGCGAUUGAUAUUGCACCUCGGCAUAGAGAUGUGACUAUCAUUACAGAUAGUAGAUAUGCGAUUGACUGUGUGACGGUUUGGUUUGUUAAUUGGCGGCGCAACAAUUGGAUGACUCGUGAUAAGAAACCCGUUGAGAACAAGGAUCUGGUGGAGUCAAUUUUGGUGAAAAUCGAGGAGCGCAAUGAUCUUCGAGUGAAGACUGUUUUUGAAUGGGUCAAGGGUCAUAAUAAGGAUCAUGGGAAUGAAGAGGCUGAUAAAUUGGCCGUCAAUGGUGCCCAACGGGGGGUUUCUGCUAAAGCCGAGGCUUUGGAGGUUACCCAAGAGGUGCCUGAUGAGUUUUUUGAGGAGGACUUUUAA